GGAGCUGGAAAAUUGAUAUAACAAAUGAUAAAAUUACAUUUUUUUAUGCAAACGAAGCAGUUUAGCCCGGUUAUGGAUAAAUUACCUGCGCCUCGUGUCGUCAUUGCGUCCUGAUGUUUACUGGUUACCAUGGUAUCCAGGUACAAACAAAUGCUGAUGAUGUGGAAGUAACUUUAUCUGAAACAAACCGCUACAUGAAGAAACAUCUGAGAAGAUGACACAACUGCCUUGCACAACCAUAUAUCAUGUCAGCACAUGAGACUAUGCUGUUCUCCUGCGUGUGGGUUUAGCAUGAUCUGCAUCAGUCGGUGAGGAAAUAGCAGACGCAGCACAUCCUUUUCUUUAUCACGCUAUUUCUGUUUCUGUUUUCUUUAAAGUUGCUUUGAAACUGUUUUUUGCCAAAAAAAAUAAAAAUAAAAAAAUAAAAAAAGCUUUAUCUAAAAUUUGCAGUUGAAAUGAAAUCUGCAUCCCCUCUUUCACACAUUAAUGUCCUUUGAACAAUCAUAUAACAUGGCACAGCUUGUUACAGUAGCAUUUAAUGGGUUGAAACAAAUCUAUAAUGAAAUAUAUUAUUAAUUAGAACUAUAUGCAAUAGAAGGCCAGUUAUGUUUUAUAGGAAAAGAAGUAUAAUAUGAACAGAAGUAUAUAAAACACUGAUAGAAGCUUAUACUUUCUUCUCAGUUGUAAUUCGGUCAGUACAUUGAUCUUAUCAGAUGCAGCAGGUGUUUUUGUCAUUGUAUUUCAAAUCAUGCCAAAAUAUUAAAAGUCAAAGCAUGCAGAUAAAUAAUCAGGAAUGCUCAAUACUCAAGAACAGCAUAUAAAGGCCAUAGUAUUUGAGAUUUCCUGGUUCAAAAAACACUUUUAUGACCAACCAAAGACCACAAAACUAUAUCUACUGAUAACAAGGCCCAGCAUAAGGACGUAACAUUUAUCAUUUAUUACAUUAAUUAUGACAGAGUCAGAGACGAUGCUGGAAAAUGACUCUCUGUCAGACUCCCUUCAUUCCUCACAACCAAGCCCAGGCACACAUAGUUAUACAGAUCACUAGACUUAAGCCAUUCAGGUAGCCCAGGCACACACAGAUAGUAAAACGUGGUUUCUUGUCUCCUAUACUUUUUUUUUUUUUUUAUUGGGGGGUGAAUGUGUAAAAUCAUACAAUCCCACAACAGGAACAACUUCUGGAUAUUGUAAGGAGUCUCAGUUGCGUCUUAAAGGUGAUUGAACAUAUGAUCAUAAACAGUAAAAUGGGAUCAUACAGAUGAUAAUGGAUCUGUAUGUAUUAUAAAUACCAUGUGCACAUGUCUAGAGUUUUCCUUCUGUUCACACAUUCAACAUGUUGGUGCAAAAGCUAAGCUGGAUCAUUUGUAAGUAUUCAUUUAGAAUUUAAAGGAUUACUCUACUUCCAGAAUAAAAAAUUCCUUCUUCAAUGAUUUCAAAUGUUCACUUCAGUGUUUCAAUUGGUUUCUUGUGAUUUUGACUUUCAGUGCUGCUCUUUCUGUGUCAGCAUGGUAGUUGACUAUAUAUGGUACAAACUUUCAAGUACAGAACAAAAUUAAGUAAUUGUAUUAUCUUCUUGCAUGUUUCCUCCCUGCAGGAGUAGAAGCCAAAAGAACAGUGGCCUGUGAAGGAGGAUUUAUGCGCCUCAGCUGCGAUGAGUAAUUCAGUCAUUUCUAAGUUAUAUUUUUGGUCUUUUGUGCCCAAAUAGGACAGUUUGAGAGAGACAGGAAGCAAUGGAAGAGACCUUGAGCCUGGAACCCAAACUUUACCACAAUUCUGAUUAUACUUUUACAUUAAUUAAUUAAUUAAUUAAUUAUUAUUAUUAUUAUUACAUGUGUCAGUUUUGGGAUUAAUAAAGAUCAUUAAAGCCAACUAUGUGAGGACUGAUCGCACAACAUGCACUCAGGAAAUAUUAGAUGUUCAGACCUCAAAUAUGCACUGCUUCCAAAGAGCAUCCCUCCGUAUAAUGUCAAAUCGGUGUGAUGCAAGAAAGAGAUGUUCUGUUCCUGCAAUGAACACAGUUUUCUCUGAUCCUUGUGCUUGGACUUAUAAAUACCUGGAUGUGCAUUAUGUCUGUGUCUGUGCAAUGGAAAGAAAAAGCUGCUCUGUUCAUGCAGUGAACUCAGUUUUCAAUGAUCCUUGUGUUGGGACGUAUAAAUACCUGCAAGUGUCUUAUGAGUGUCGCCUAGUUAAGCAGCAUGUAACUUGUGAAAGUUUCAGAGGUGUACAUUACCUGUGGUGCAAUGGAAAGAAGUCUUGUCAUGUACUAGCUUCAAAUUCGGUGUUCUCUGAUCCGUGUGUGGGAGUCUAUAAGUACCUGGAAGUGGCGUACUCCUGCAAAAAGUGA